CAACAAAAACAUUUGCAGAGAGAAUCAUCUACAGUUUGCAUAAUUAUCAAAGAAACGCUCCGUUCGAAGCUCGUAUGCACUCGAAUCGCGUCUAACGGGAACAGUGGCGGGUUGUAGGGCUAUCGAAGUUCAGAAGCAGACCAACGAUGGCCGCCGGUAUUAAGUACAUCAUACAGAAGGAGGUGUUCGAUGCACUGGACGAACGAAUUCUCUCGGUGUGCAAUGUGAGCAAGCUGCUGAAGAAGAAAAAAACAUCCUAUCUGUGCUUGAUUUCGGCCACCAAACCGAGGCUGGUGGUUUCCAUUUGUCAGGUGAAGCAGUACGAUAAGGGAGUUUGGAAGAAAAAGCGAUCCUGGUCGUUGGAGGAGGUGAAGGGAGUUGACGGGCGCAAUGAGUCCUCCGAGACGCACGAGUUCGAUCUGCAUCUGGAGAAGGUUUACCGGUGGUUCGCUGCCAAUCUUCACGAGCGGCAGAACUUUAUUACGGUGCUGUGGAAACAACUGCAGAAGCAUGUCACAUCGGAAGUGCAGCCGGCUUUCAAGAAUAUUCCAAAAACUUGGCUAACGGAACGUUCCCCGGAGAAAGCUUCUAUGGAUGGGAAGUUCACAGAGGCUGGAGUGACGAGACCCGGGGAUGAUGAAGAAGACGACGAAGUGGAAAGCGAGGACUUCCAUGCGUUGACGGAGAAAGAGGAGACCAAUUUGAACAAAUUGAUUGGGGAGUGUGACUAUGCGAUUAGUAAUGCGGAACUGUUCAUGGAGCAGUUGGGAAAAAAUCUCCAGCAACUUGAUGGGGCGAACAUUCAGAGUGUGCUGGCAUCGGAGAAGCAGGUGGAAGCUCUGAUGGAUCAAAUCGAAACGGCCAUCGUUGAGGCGGAGAAAGUCGAAAAGCGACUGGAUGAUUACGAUGAAAUCCUGUGUCACAUCCGAGACACAAUGGAGAAAAUGGGCGAAAAGAAUCAAAUGAUCGAGAUUGCCAACACUAACCAUGUUAAGUUGUUGCAGGAACUGGAAAAGGUGGUCUUCCAACUGGAUCUUCCUCACGUUCACCAGGUGGCGCUGACGGAUACUGAUUUAACUCCGAAAGGUCUUCCGGCUGCGAUAGCCGCCGGCAAGGCUCUGCAAACCGCCAUGAACAGUGACAUUGAUCCCGCGUUACUUCGGUUGACCGCCGUACAAGAUCAACGGAAACGUUUCGAGAAGUGGAAAGCCAAAUUUUCCCAGACUGUUAGUCGGCAUCUGAACAAUUUGUUCAUUCACUUGGGUAACUUGGGCGACUCCCAAAGUCCACAUUCGAGUGACCUAUCGCUGCCCAAACACAAUUCCGUGCACAAGGAGUUGUCGGCGUAUGCGGAGUUGAUGCACUGGAUGAAAGCGAUGGACCGUAAGACGUACGAUGCGUUGAUUAAGGUCUAUACGAGUUCGUUGAGCAAGGUUUACGAUCGCGACAUUCGAGUCUUCUUCGAGACGGCAAAACAAGCCAUUUCAGUGAAGCGAUUUGGCUCACGAGAGGAUCUGAACAGUAGUUCGAUGAGUAACAAGUUGAAGCUGGGUCAGCAAAGUAACAAACCACCUUCGCAUCCGUACGGAAUAUUGGGUAUAAAUCGGGAGCAGUGGAGCGCUGGGGCAGAGCCAGCAGAACGGCAGAAGUUUGACUCGAUUUUGGAGAAGGUUUUGGCCGAACUGGAACCGGUUGCGCUCAGCGAGCAACACUUUUGUAUAGCAUUUUUCCAACUGGAUGUGAUAAGUCCGACCGGAAAGAAUACUCAGACGACACUCGACGCUUCGACCGCUAUACAGGAAAAGGAGAAAGAUCGAGACGAGCGGGAUACGGCACUGGCAAUUCCACAGAAACGCUUGGACCGGCAAAUCAACGAAGACGUUCGACGAAUGAUGGGAGAACUGUUUGGUAAUCUGGAACAGGAGUUGAACAGUUUUAUCCUCAGCUUCGAAAAACUGGACAGUUAUUAUUCGCUAUACGUACUGGUCCGCCUAACACAGCAUGUGAUGUCCGCCCAAGACGCCAAGUCGUUCCUCAGCAUGACGUUCGCUUCCGCUUUGAUCCAUGUGAAGCGAAAUUUUGACAAAUUCAUGAAUCUACAGCUGCAGUCCAUUCAGGAGGCCAAAGUGCCCAAGCGUUCCAAGUGUGGGCUGCUUCCGUACGUGGAGAACUUUGAAGAAUUCGCUGUGACGGCGGAGUCGAUUUUCAAGAAAACCGAACGUCGUAAUGAUUUGGACAAAUGGUAUCUCAAGCUGGUUGAGGCGAUCUUCGAAUACAUACCGGUGAAUGCGGUGGACCACUCGAAAACGCCCCAUCAGGUGGUGAAAAUGGAAAAUUACCACCGGAUGCACUCAUUGCUUUCCCAGCUCAAGGUUGGUGUGCUUGAGCAACUUAAAAAAGAGGCUAAAGUGAGAUAUAAUGAUGCGUUGAGAGCCUACGUUACCAAGUACUUUGGGCGUCCGUUGGAGAAAUUGAACCAAUUUUUCGAAGGCGUCCAGCAGAAGGUUCAGCAAGGGGUUAAGGAGACCGAGAUUAGCUAUCAGAUGGCUUACUCGAAACAGGAACUUCGCAAAGUGAUCUCUCAGUAUCCAGCGCGCGAAGUUAAGAAAGGCCUAGAGCAGCUGUACAAGAAGGUGGAGAAGCAUCUCUGCGAGGAGGAGAACCUCCUGCAGGUAGUUUGGCGUGCAAUGCAAGAGGAAUUCAUUGCUCAGUAUAACUCGUUGGAGCUCUGGAUCCAGCGCUGCUAUGCGGGAGCGAUGAUAACCCUUGAUUUUACUAUUAAAGACAUAUUGGACUUUUUCUCCGAGAUUGCGAGAUCGCACUAGAAUGUGUGUGAUGAACUAUUCCAGAUUUAUACAGCCUAUCGAGCUAAGUUAACAAUUAAUAUAUUUAUAUAUAUAUAUAUAUAUAAGUAAUGUUUUGUUGCACCAUUUAUACUUAUCGUUAUAUUUACACAGUUCAUAGAGCAUUGUGCAACCGGUAAUGAAAAAAAGCUCUCCCACCGAGAGAGUCAGUAGCAAUGCAAGCUAUAUCAAUUAUUUAGCUUAUUACCUACAUUUUAAUCAUUGUAUAAAAGUUAUAAACUAAUAAAUAGAAAUCUGUUCCGCUUGCUCUAGUAAACAGGCCCAUCGUCGAGAUUGUCGUC